AUGUGUGGCCCCAGAAUAGCAUCUGCGGCAGCUGGGAAGUCAUUCCAGGCUCUUGGCGCGGUGUCUUAGCAGCAAUUUGAUCUGAAGAUGGUUACCAGGGUGCUCUGGGGCAGCCUGAGCCUGCUCCGCGUGGUGUGGUGUCUCCUUCCACAGACAGGCUAUGUGCACCCCGAUGAAUUUUUCCAGUCACCUGAGGUCAUGGCAGAAGACAUCUUGGGCAUGGAGGCCGCAAGACCGUGGGAGUUUGGGCCGAGCAGCUCAUGCCGCACGGUGGUCUUCCCGCUGCUGACCUCGGGCUCUGUCUUCUGGCUGCUCAGGCUCUGGGAACAGCUGGGGCCGUGGCCUGGCCCGGUGAGUGGCUACAUGCUGCUGGUGGGGCCCCGGCUCCUCCUCACCGCCCUCUCCUUUGCCCUGGAUGGCGCCGUGUACCACCUGGCCCCGCUGUGGGGGGCGGAGCGCUGGACCGCGCUGGCCCUCCUGGCUGGCUCCUACGUCACUCUGGUCUUCUACACAAGGACCUUCUCCAACACCAUUGAGGGACUGCUUUUCGUGUGGCUGCUGGUGCUGGUAUCCCCCCGCGUAGCGGGGAGCCCCACACCCAAGAGGCCUGCUUCAGGCCCCUGGUGGCACAGCUGGCUUCUUGGAGGCGUGGUGGCUGCUGGCUUCUUCAACCGGCCCACCUUUCUGGCUUUUGCUCUGGUCCCCCUCUUCCUCUGGGGCGUUGGUGGAGCCCCGAACCCUGGCUUCAGGUCACUGGCUCGUGAGGCCCUGGCGCUGCUCCCGGGGGCAGCCCUCACUGCAGCAGGGUUUGUGGCCGUAGACAGCUGGUACUUCUCCAGCCCAUCGAGGGCCAGUGCACUGGUCCUGACGCCUGCCAACUUCCUGCGCUACAACCUGGACCCCCAGAACCUGGCCAGGCACGGAACGCAUGUGCGGCUCACCCACCUGGCGGUCAAUGGCUUCCUGCUCUUCGGGCCGCUGCACGCCCAGGCCCUGCAGGCUAUGUGGCAGCAGCUGCAAGCUGGCCCGUGGGCCUUUGCGCAGACGGGCUUCCUGAGGGUGCUGGGUGCCCGCAGCCUGCUGUCCAGCCCCAGGUCUUACCUCCUUCUCCUCUAUUUCACACCGCUGGCCCUGCUAUCUGCCUUUAGCCACCAGGAGGCCCGGUUCCUGAUCCCCCUCCUGGUACCCCUAGUCUUGCUUUGUAGUCGUCGGACUCAGCCUGUGCCCUGGAAGGGCACCCUGGUCCUCUUCAAUGUCCUGGGGGCCCUCUUCUUCGGCUGCCUGCACCAGGGGGGCCUAGUACCUGGCCUGGGGCACCUGGAGCAGGUAGUCCACGCACCUGUGCUCCCAGGUGUAAAUACCCACUAUACACUGCUCUUCGCCCACACCUACAUGCCCCCCCGGCACCUCCUGCGCCUCCCAGGCCUGGGGUCACCCGUGGAGGUGGUGGACAUGGCUGGGACGGAGGACUGGAUCCUGUGCCAAGCCCUGAACAGCUUCGCCACACAGCCAGCCUGCCAGGCAGCUGGUGGGCCGUGGCUCUGCCGCCUGUUUGUGGUGACCCCUGGCACCACCAGACCUGCCAUGGAGAAGUGUGGCUUCCCCCUCAAGAAUGAGAUGCUAGUGUUUCCCCACCUGACCAUGGAGGACCCACCAGCCCUGUCCUCCCUGCUGAGUGGGGCGUGGAGGGACCACCUCAGCCUCCACAUCGUGGAGCUGUGGGAGAAGGCUGAUGCUGUGACGGAGCAGCCACUGCCCACAAUCCAGCCGUAG